UCUAAAAAUGUUUGUAUUGUUCAACCCAACGGAUUGGGUUGAGAUGGUGGGGUCAAAAUGGUGGGUUUAAAGCUGGAGUCUCAGGCACUCUAAAAUCUGCUGGCGAGCACACUCACACCACGUGGGUCUGCCUGCCUGGUUCACUCAGCCACAGCCCUUCUUCCCAGGCUACCAGGCAUGUCAGAUGCCCAUGCUCUCUGGCAUCUCCCGCCUGCCCCACCCAGGGGGAAACAGUGGGCCCACUGUGACCCUCACAGGAUUCUGGUGGCCUCACAAUGUCCCCCUGAGGUCACCACAGAGAUAAUCUUACCACCCCCUGCACCUGAGGCACAAAUCUGCUGAGGCCAGCGUGGGUGAUCAUCCUUGGUCCUCCUUUUGGCCACCCAGGGCAAGGCUAGGGCCAGAGCCCUACAAGAAAGCCUCUGAGGGAACCAGGAACUGGGACGCACCUCCCCGACUCAGGAGUAACCCAGGGGAGACUUCCAGCCGCCAUCCUGGAGGUCCUCGCACCCAGUUCCCUUCACCCAGCGCAAGAAGAGAUGCAGAAAGACACCUCACUGCCUCCCCCAUCUGGGCCCUGGGCGUCAAACCCCGCCCUGGAUGCAGGCCGGGAGGCCAGCGCAUCCGGACUCCCAAGCGAGAGCGAGCCUGGGCGCCGCGCCUCCUCCAAAGCCCACCAAAAGCUCAGCAUAUCCAAGGUGAUCCUGGGGGUCGUGGCAGACAAGGGGGCUCGCAACCGCGUAUCCCUGGCCACGCUGAAGAAGGCCGUUGCCACCAGGGGCUACAACAUGACCCGCAACGCCUGGCGCUUCAAGAGAGUGCUCAAGGGGCUGGUGGACAAGGGCAUGCUCAAACAGGUGACAGGCAAGGGGGCCACAGGCUCCUUCCUCAUGAGCAAGAACCCUGCCUCCAGGUUCAAGCUCAAGGGCAAGAGACGGCAACAGCAGCGGCGGCGGCGGCGGCAGUUGGGGCAGCGCCGGCCUGGGCGGCACCAGCCCGGGCAGCGCCGGUUGCUCGUGGGCUCCAAACAGGGGCACAAGCGGCUCAUCAAGGGGGUUCGCAGGGCGGCCAGAUGCCGCCGCAGUUAGCAAGGCAGGCUGAGCAGGCAGGCAGGGGUGCCGGGCCCGUCACAGGCUCAGUGCAGGGAGAAUAAAAGGAGCCUCACUUAUUUCA